AUGGCUAAGAAAGGAGGUUAUUAUGCUGUUCAAAGCGGUAGGCAGGAAGGUGUUUAUAGUAAUUGGAACGAUUGUAAAUCUCAAGUUAAUGGGUAUAGUGGUGCUACCUAUAAAAGAUUUGAUACUUAUGCUGAAGCGCAGGCUUUUUCCAAUAGUAGUGGGGGAUAUUCUGGAUCCGCACUUUCAUCCUCCAAUACCUCAUAUGGCACUAGUGGUGGCAGCGGUAGUAGAUCAUCUAGUUCAAGUUAUUCAGAAUCUUAUUCCACCCCAUCUUACGAUCCAAUACCAACCUAUUCUACUCCAUCUUUCUCGAGUGCAUCUAAGCGUGCCCCAGCUGGUAAAGUGGAAAAGUAUUAUUCUGUGAAAAGUAAUAAUCCUGAUAUUAGUAGCAAAUUAUUUACUAAUUGGGAUGAAUGUAAGGAAUACGUCAAUGGUCAAAGAGGUUUAUCUUUCAAGAAAUUUGACGAUAAAGUUAGUGCUACAAGUUUCAUGAAAGGUGAUACAUCCCAAGUUGAUUACGAUCAUAUUGGUAUGAAUAGUAACACUUUCAAAUCUACUUACCAAAUUCCGCGUCCUUCCACAUCUACAAAAUAUUCUGAGAAAUCGAACAUUUAUUGUGAUGGAUCAGCUUUGUCCAAUGGUACUUUAUCUCCUCGUGCUGGAUAUGGUGUUUAUUUCCCGAAUGAGCCUGAAAAGAAUAUUUCAGCUAGAGUUAAAAGUGGGAACCAAACUAACAAUAGAGCUGAAAUGCUUGCCGUUUCUGAAGCCUUGAAUACAGUUUGGACUAAUUUAAGUGUUGAAGGGAAGAAAGUCAAUUACCAAAUUAAGACAGAUUCAGAAUACACUGCCAAAUUAUUGAAUGAUAGAUACGGUAGUUAUUCUAAGGAAGAAUUGAAAGAUUUGCCCAACGGUGAUUUGGUGGUUCCCCUAGUGGAAAAAUUUGCCCAAGUUAAGCAAUAUUAUGAAGUUAACAAGGAUUUAUUCGAUAAUGGUGGUGAUUUUAAGAUUGAAUGGGUCAAGGGACAUGCCGGUGAACCUGGUAAUGAGAUUGCUGACGAAUUAGCCAGACAAGGUGCUUCCAAGGAUUGA